AUAUCUAUUUAGUAUUACAAAGUCAAGUAAAAAGAAUAGAGAGCUGUAUUUCAGACACGAGGCUGCAGAGGGCCUGCGUGAGCCAGCAGGAGCUGCGCCACCUGUGGGUCUAGGUGAGUCUCAGCGCCACCGAGGCCGUGCAGGGGGUGCUGCUCGAAGGCCACCCGUCCUGGAAGUACCUGAAGGACAUCCACUAUCUGCUGGUGGAAGUCCAGCAGGCCCCCGGGAUGUGAAGCUCAGGCCGCCCCCCCCCCCCCCCCCGCGUGGAUGCUGUGCUGUCCCUCCUGAGUGCCCGGGGGCUGAGCCUGAAGCUGGUGUGGCCCAAAGCCCUGCUAGACAACUGCUUUCGGGUCGUGGAGCUGCUGUACUGCUCCUGCUGUAAAGAAACAUCCGUCCCAAACUGGCAGGACUGGCAGGUGCCCAACCCUCAGCCCCACGGCCCGGAGCCCCUGCCGCAGUGUGUGGCCGCCUAGCUGUGCUCUCUGCCCCAGCAG